GGCUGAGGUGGAGGAGGUUCUUUCGUGGAGAGUCUCCAUUUUUCAGGUUGGGUGCAUUAUGGAAGUGGUUAAGGAGAUAAAGGCUCUCAUUUCAACAAGAGAAUUGGAAAGUGUUGUACCACAGCAGAGUGCUCCUUGCAGAAAGAGAUGGGAAUGAUUUUGGUUGAUUUAAUGAGCAGUGAGAGCUCUGAAGGAGUUUCUAGAUGGGAUUUGGGGCUGGUGACUAUGUUUCUUCUAAAUGUGUCCCAUAACUUUUCUGCCUAAAACAUCUGUUCACUGCAGCUGGAAGAAAUUCUGGAGUUAAGGAAGACCCUUAACAGCAAAAUGGAUAAAACACUGAUUUUUUUUUUUUUUUUUGUAUGUUUUUAGACUGUGUGGCAUUAGCUUGCUAAACCAUGCCAUCAGAUGAUAUAAGUAAUGGAGUGUAAUAGGACUCAGGAAAGUGGAUGCCAUGUAAAUGGAAGAGAGCACUAGUAAGAAAAAGAAAGGAAACUUGUUUCAGAGUUCUCACCUACCAACAACAGAAUGAAUUCUUAGGCAGUUCAUCUUGUAGGUAAUCUGUGCUGUGGAAAUUGAUGGUGACAGCUCUCCAUCUGCCUCUGAAGCAGCAGGAAUGCUCUGCUGCUGGCAUCUGCUACUGAGGCAGCCCAAGCAUGAGGGUGGUAAUCCCCCAAGCUGCGUUUUGGCAUGUCUGGUUGACGUGAGGAAAAUAGAAUUGGUCCUUAUUAAAUGUCAGGGAACUGGGAACCCCAUUUUCAGAGAAGAAAAGGUCAACUGUUUAAAAAUGAAAGGAGCAAAUGGACAACCAUCUCUGGUUUGAAGCAGGAGGCUGUUCAUGUGGAGGGACCAAACAGGGUAAUUUGCAAAUUCCAGUUGGAAUAAUAAGUCUUUAUGCCUGAAAUAUGAUUAAAGUUCGUAUUUCUGAGGGCUGUCAAUGCUAGGUGAUCAGUUAUGCUGGAGUAUGUCAGACAUUUAGCCUGGUGGAUAACAGGGAGUCUCUCACAAGCUGGGAACGGAGAUACUGUGUACAACCAUGAACAAGGGUGCUGAGUUACAGGAGCACUCAAAUGUUUGCUGUGGAAUACAUUUUAAUCGGUUAAGUGAUUUGGCUUGUUUUUCAAUCAGGUACACUAACUGUCCACAGGAUUUCCUUGCCCAAUGUGGGUUGUUAAAGUAGAAAGGAAAAUGGAUGUUGCUUUCUGAAGCCCGAUGUGGUCUGCGGCGGCAGUGCUGAGCUGUGCACAGCACAGCACUAAUCACUGCUUCCAUGGGCCAGGAGCACACUGCAGCAGGGAGGCAGGGCAGUGUAUCUGUACUUGCCAUGCUGUUUCAUGCCAGCCAAAAGGUUGGUGAUGUGUUGGUCCUGCUUCCCUCUGAAAGCAGCAGAUACCCUCAGCGACCUUAUAGGAGCUGAGAGAGCUCUCAAAGAGCUGCUGAUGCCACUAAGAGUGACUUGAGUGUCUGACAGGGUGGGUGGUGCACACAGAGUAGAGAUAACAUUGCUAUAAAAUUGAGCACUUCUCCUGUGAGGCCAUCUGAGAGCUCAGGUGUGUUGUGCUUUUGUACACACCCUGUAAGGAAAACGUCUUCUGAGUGCAAAGCUGCAAGAAAUGCAAACCAGAGUGGCUCUAGGUCUUGAACUACUUGCCAAAAAACGACUGUGAGAUUAAGGGACUGCUGACAGAUCUCAAGGUUUGUGUCUUAAGGCUGGAAAAAACUGUUGACAGUUUUUCCUACUGGAAAAUUAACAUUGCAUUCCUGUGCCACGUAUGAACUUUGGUAGGUUGAAAGAAAAACUUACGUCACACUUCUGAUUGCAAUCUUGCUUUUCUUUCCUUUUUUUUCCACCGCUUCUUUCAGAUAGGAUUAAUAUAGCCAAGGACUUGCACAUAAUCUAAUAAAACUUUGGAAAAGUGGGAGUUUACUACUAUAAAUGAGGGAUCAGCAGGAAAAUGAUGUCAAGUUAAGAGGCUUCAACUCCUGUAACACCUAAACUGAAGUGCAGCUCCCAUGGCCUGUGACGAACCCGCUGCUCUCUCGGGCAUCUUCACACGCCAGAAUUCUGCCAGCACCAUCUCUCUGGACUUCGAGCCCGAUGCCGACUACAAGUUUGUUGAAACCUUAGAGGAGCGGUACAAGUGCGCCUACUGCCACCUUGUCCUUCACAACCCCCACCAGACGGGAUGCGGGCACCGAUUUUGCCAGCAGUGCAUUCUUUCUUUGAGAGAGUUAAAUGCAGUACCCACCUGUCCUGUCGACAAAGAAACAAUAAAAAUGCAUGAGGUAUUCAAAGACAACUGCUGUAAAAGAGAGGUUCUCAAUUUGCAUGUGUUCUGCAAAAACUCUCCUGACUGCAAUUCAAAAAUAAUUCUGGGACGAUAUCAGGAGCAUCUUCAGCAGUGUUUGUUUGAAAGCGUGCAAUGCACUAAUGAAGGAUGCUGUGAUCAAAUUCUUCGAAAAGACUUGAAAGAGCACUUGAGCCAGCACUGUAAAUUUCGAGAAGAAAUGUGUCAGUACUGUAAUACAUAUGUGGUGUUCAUUAACAUAAAGAAUCAUGAAACAGAUGACUGUCCUAAUUAUCCUGUGCCUUGUCUCCAAAAUUGUUCACAAAUAAUUCUGAAAAAAGAGAUUGAAAAUCACCAGGCUGUGUGCCCUGAGGCAGAAGUGGACUGCCCGUAUAAGCAGUAUGGAUGUCUUGCAAAGGUUAAAAGAGGGAAACUUGCUGAACAUGAGAACUCUGCCCUGAGGGAACACAUGCUGCAGAUUUUAGACAAGAACUCCCGAUUGGAAGAACAGAUAUCUGACCUAUAUAAGAGCCUGGAAUGUAAAGAGAUUAAAAUCCAGCAGCUGGCAGAGGCCAUUAAAAAGUGUGAGAAAGAAUUCAGACAGUAUACACAACUGUUUGGUAAAAAUAGCAACUUGAUGGUAAGCACACAGGCUUUGGCCAGUCACCUGGAUAAGUCUGCACGCCUGGAAUUGCAAGUGAAACAGCUAAUACAGAUGGCAAACCAGCAGCAGAGUAAAUUAGACUUGCGGCCCCUGUUUGACACAAUCGAAAACGUAAAACAGAAGAUUGCCCUGAUGGAGUCAUACGAUCAGCGCUUGGUUGUUUUGGAAGAUCAAUCCAGCAAACAUGAUCUCCAGAUCAAUAUUCACAAAGCACAGCUCAAUAAAAAUGAAGAACGAUUUAAGCUUUUGGAAGGCACGUGCUACAACGGGAAAUUAAUCUGGAAAAUCACAGACUACAAGAUGAAGAAAAAAGAAGCUGUGGAAGGCCGUGUCCUCUCCAUAGCCAGCCAGCCCUUUUACACCAGCCGCUGCGGGUACAGGUUGUGUGCAAGAGCCUACCUGAACGGGGAUGGCUCAGGGAAGGGAACACACAUCUCUCUCUACUUUGUAGUGAUGAGGGGGGAAUUUGACUCGCUGCUGCUGUGGCCUUUCAAGCAAAAAGUUACACUUAUGCUUUUGGACCAAAGUGGGAAAAAAAAUCACAUCGUGGAAGUCUUUAGAGCCGACCCCAACAGCAGCAGUUUCAAAAGGCCAGAUGGGGAAAUGAAUAUCGCCUCUGGAUGUCCACGCUUCGUGCCGCACACCGUCCUGGAGAACACAAAGAACACCUAUAUCAGAGAUGACACUCUGUUUCUGAAAGUCGUCGUGGAUUUAACUGAUCUAGAGGAAUUGUGAAAAGUGUUCCCAAUCAAUGUGACUGCUUUAACCAUUCAGAACUGCUUUCUUGGUGACUACCAGCCAUGCAAUAGUGAAUUGCCACCAGUCAAGCUACUAAAAAUGUUUCACAGCUUUUGGACUCAUAAGAGAUAAUGAAUUGCCAAAGCAUCAGCCUUUCCUUUUUUAACCGUUUUUUCAAGACUGCGUUUUUGAGGCAGCUAGAAGUCCAGUUUGAUGCAAACAUGCAUUCAGUCCAGAUUGGCUCAGCCCAGGCUGGGGGGAAUGCUUUUCUCCCAUCACCAGACUGGUGUUUGGAGAUUAAACUCCUCCAGUAACCUCCCUGGAGCCCAGGCAGGCCUGUGGGCUUCCAUCCCUCACACUGAACUGAAGCCAUGCCCAAACAUGCAAGUGCAUUUCACCUGUCUGCAGUGGAAACAUUUCAACAUUAGCAAAUUUGAAUCAGUGUGUGUUGAUCCCUCCACCUCCUGGAUUUUUGAAGAGGGGAGAAUGGCUUCAGUUAGGCAGGGAAAACAUUUGCCAAGUAUUUUGCAUUUUUUAAAAUUUGUUUUAAUUCUGGUUUUUCCAGAAAGCCCAGAGGAAGGCACCAAUGCCUCUUACUUUUUUAGCCUGUUUUUUCAGCUGUGUAGAGUACAUCCAGGUCACAACAGCUUUCUUAUGUCCUUUCCUUUCCUGCCUAGUGCCUUGGGACUGAUUUCCAUUACUGGUAAACAUCCACAGUCCCCAUCUGAAGCCAAAAGCUGCAGGCACUUCUCACUUCUCAGGACAUGGCCAGAAGCAGGGCACUCAGCCAGCCUGCCAGCUCUUGGCUGCACUGUUGGAAAAGAGGCAAAACUCCUGUUCUUUUUCUUCCAUAUCUGUGCAAAAGAGAUGUUUUCUGGUCUACAAGCUCUACAAAAGUCAGGAAGAGCUUUGGAUAUCUGCUUGGGAAAAAGCCCACGUAACAUGCACUGUUCCUCUCUCCUAGAAAUUUGGAUGUUUGGGGAAUAAGGGGGAAAAGGGAUUAGGGAGUGAGGUUGCAGUAAGAACCCAGUUCUCACAGGUAGUGCAGCUCCAGUGUUUGUUAAAGGUCACACAGCCACAGUAACAAUUGCUGACUGUGUUGUCUGAAGAUCUUAAUUUUCAUUCCAAGUUCCUUCCAUACUGCAAGGGAAUGUGUGCAAUGUACGGGGCUUUAUUGGAGAAGCACUAAAACCACCAAGAUCAGGCACUGAGGAACAACUGACACAGAAUACACGUGCCUUUUUAAAACGUUUUGGGUGCUUGUAACAGGGAUGUAAUUUUGCAUUCUCAGGCGUUUUGUUAUUACAAGUGGCAGAAUUUUGCAUCUCUCGUCUCUUACAGAUCAGGUGGGGAAACACCACAGCAUUAUUCAUUGCUCAAAAGCUUAUCAAGAGACAGCAAGAACAUAAGAUGGAUUUAGAGUAAGAGUAAACUAGGCAGGAUAAAAAUCAAAAUGGGACUUGGACUGAAAGGUAUAAGACAGAAAAAUCAAGAGGGCAAAUAUGGCAAAAUGAAAAAUGCCCUCUCUGGGCGGGAUGUUGAUAUCAACUAAAAUAAUUCAAGGUUUGGUACUAAGAUGAAGGCAAAAUACUGUAUUUUGUAUCUGCAAUCUUAUUGCUAGACAUUUGCUUUCCCACGUGGUUUUCAGGAUGUAACUCAGACACAAAUAUUUUCAGAUUCGGGGGUGGAAGGGAAGAGACCUUAGUAAUCUAUACCUCAUGGUGGACUAGCACAUCUGAAAUCGUUGUUUCAUCUAGAAGUCCUUUUUGUUUUACAGUGUCAGGACGUACUGAGCCACCAUAGGGGCUUUCCGUGUUCCCAGAGACAGAUGGCAAGGAACAAAUUUUAUUCUUUUGUACCACCAUGAUUGACUUCAAGAGUCAUUUCAGCUGUACAGCAUAAAGAAUCAGACCUCGUGUUCCGAGCACUGUUACAGAAAGAGCAAGCUUUGUUUGACAGGGCAUUCAGCCCUGAGCCUCAGAUGUGGAUUUCAUGUCGAUUAUUACUUCAAUAUUUAUCAUGUAACUUUCAAAGUGACACAACUUGCAUAAUAACCACUAUUAACUGAUGGAAAUGUACUACCAUGUGUUCUGGGACUCCCCAGUACAUUGAGUGUAAAAUACAGAAAGUGAUAAAGAGCUCGGACAAGCAAGGGAGGCAAGAUGAUAGAAAGGAUGGGGUCUGUAGCCUGGCAAAUACCCAGCCCUCUCCGCCUCCACCACCCCAAGCGUAAAAUGGGGGUAAUAAUACUUGCAGAAGUGUUAGGGCUAUUUAAAUGUUUGUGAAAAAGUUUGAGCAUGAAGAGAGCUAGGUAUUAUUAAAACUCCAUUUCUAAUUGUUAGAGUAGGUGAUAGCGUAGUGACAUGGAUGUGUUUAGUGUUUUCCUGGACAGAUUUUGAAAGCAUGUUUGGUUUUAGCCAGUUUGUACUGCAAUCUCUCCUCUACCUACUGGUUGGGUUUAGGUUUUUGCCACAGAUAUUCCUUUUAAAAUUUUGAAGCACAAAUGAUUCAUCCUGGGUGUUGGAAACAUCCCUUUUGAAAUACUGCCUGUUUUAUAUAGAAUUAGUUGAGAAAAUUGGGGUUUUUUAAAGACAAGACCUUCUUUAAAUUGGUUCUUUUUAUUACAGUAAUUGAGAGAUUUAUGUUUAAAUUUUCAGUGUUUUUUUUUUGUUUUUUUUUUUUUUACUAAUUGUAAACAGGAUUUUAAAUUUCAUCCCAUUCCUAAUAAAGAAAAAAAAUAUGUUGUAUAGCAUGAAUUCUUAGGAAGAAUUUUGAUGUUGCAUGGAAAAAAUACCAAAAACCUUUUCAAUAAUAUUGUACUGGAUAAGUAACCAAAAGAGCUUAGGGUAUUUCUACAUCAGCAUACAGUAUGUUUCUAAUGUAUUUAUUGACAGUUUCUAGUUGUUUGAAUAUCUCUUACUACAAUGCAGGCAUUUUUCUAGCCAAAUGUCUUCACUGUGUACAUAAAAUAAUGUAAGAAUAAAUAAUUUUACCAUCCUUCUGGA